AUGCUAACACGAUUCGUCCGUGUUUGCAGAGCAUCUGGCGCCAAACGCCCGUCUGUGGCGUAUUUGCGUGCUGUCGCCGGUACCGCGUCUAGCAGAUGUGCGAAUCCCGGCUUUUCUAGGGCUCUUCACUCGUCUGUUCCGCGGUUUCGAUCCACAGAGGUCUUGUUUAGCGAGAUGGAGCCUGAGUACCAGGAAAUGCUCACUGAGGAGCGUGCUGUCGAUACAGUGGACGUUUGCAUAGUGGGAGGAGGUCCUUCUGGGUUUGCCACCGCCAUCAGACUCAAACAGCUCGAUACAGAGGGAGACUUAAGAGUCAUUGUUCUCGAGAAAGCUCCGGACGUUGGGUCACAGAUCCUGUCGGGAGCGAUUUUGGAACCCCGUGCGUUGCGCGAACUGUUCCCAGAGAGCGAGUUCUACGACGAGAACGGAGCAGGCAUCCCGCUGCCGCCCGAUCUGGUGAGUCUCGUGACCGAAGACCACAUGAAGCUUCUGUUCAAAAACGGGCCUGCAGUGCCGCUUCCAGAACCCCCUCAGAUGGUCAACAAGAACAAAAACUACAUCGCGUCGCUGUCGGAAGUGACCAAGUAUUUAUCAGAGCAGGCCGAGGCUCUGGGCGUGGAGGUGUACCCGAACACGUCGGUGAGUGAGCUUGUGUACGAUAGCAAGGGUCACGUGAAAGGUGUGGCCACCAAAGACAUGGGUGUGACGAAAAAGGGUGUGCCGUCGGACUCGUUCGAGAGAGGACUCGAGUUCCACGCGCGCAUGACGGUGCUGGCCGAAGGGUGCCAUGGUUCUUUGUCGAAACAGGCCAUUAAAAAGUACAAACUGCGUUCAGAAAGCAGCAACCAGACGUACGGACUGGGAAUCAAGGAAGUUUGGCAGGUCCAACCGGAGAAGUUCAAGAAAGGAUACGUUGCUCAUACUAUGGGGUAUCCGUUGGACAAGGACACCUACGGUGGAGGGUUCCAGUACCAUUUUGGUGACGGCCUGGUCACUGUUGGACUUGUUGUUGGACUGGAUUACAAGAACCCGUGGAUCUCGCCGUACCAGGAGUUCCAGAAAAUGAAGCACCAUCCGUUCUACAAGAGCGUUUUGGAAGGAGGAAAGUGCAUUUCGUACGGAGCUCGUGCUUUGAACGAGGGUGGCUACCAAUCUGUGCCGAAAUUGCAUUUCCCCGGCGGAGUUCUUGUUGGGGCCAGUGCCGGGUUCAUGAACGUUCCAAAGAUCAAAGGGUCGCACACGGCCAUGAAGUCGGGAAUGCUGGCGGCAGAAAGCAUGUACGAGCAGGUGGUGAAGCUCAAGAGCGAGCAGGGCGAGGUCGAGGAAGGCGAGGUGUUGCCUGAAUGGGACGCCCUGGACCUCCAGAACUACCAGGAGGCCUACGACAAAUCGUGGGUGCGCGAGGAGCUGUACGAGGUGCGCAACAUCCGUCCUUCUUUCCACAGUAAGCUGGGACUUUGGGGCGGUAUGUGUGUUUCCGGGGUGAUUGCCCUGAUCACGCGCGGAAAGGAGCCGUUCACGUUGCAACACAAACACACCGACGCCGAGCUCGUGGAGGACGCUUCCAAGUUCACAAAAAUCGAGUACCCAAAGCCAGACGGCGAGAUCUCGUUCGAUAUUCUCACGUCCGUGUCUCGUACGGGAACGUACCACCAGGAAGACGAACAGUGCCAUUUGCGGGUGCCUGAACAGGACAUGGCCAAGCACACGGCGAUCUCGUACCCAAAGUUCAAAGGUAUCGAGCAACGGUUCUGUCCUGCUGGGGUUUACGAGUAUCUGCCAGACGAAACAGCUCCCGAAGGAGUGGUUUUCCAGAUCAACUCGCAAAACUGUAUCCACUGCAAAACGUGCGACAUCAAGGUGCCGACACAGGACAUUGACUGGACCGUGCCGGAAGGAGGCGACGGUCCUAAAUACCAAAUGACAUAA